AUGGCACAUCUGUUAGUCUACAACAAUUACCCAAGCAGAUUGACAUUAUUUGAACUUAAGUCGACCAAGCAUGUACACAAAGUACCUAUAGAUGACGAUGUCAAUAUCUUCAAGCUCGAAGAUUAUCCGUAUGUAAUGUCCUUAAAAAUAUUGUUACUUAAUAAAAGAGUAGAGACUUGCACGGGUUCACUUGUAACAGAACUGUUUGUAUUGACUGCUGCUCACUGUGUUUACGAUAAAGACAAAAAGGAUAUAAAAGUGUAUCAAGGUACAUGGAUAAGAAAUCGUGAUUCGCGAAACGUAGUCAAGCUGUACAUACACGAAAGUUAUAAUCAUACAUCUGAAGUUAUAAUUGGAGAUCUUAGCGUUUUAAAAAUAGACAAACCAUUUUCGUAUAUCGAGGAAUACGUAAGGAUAGGUGGCUCACCUAUUGACUUCGCCAAAAACAAAUACCUGAAUUGUAUCGUUAUUGGAUUUGGUAUUAUUAACAAUGAACACGAAGGAUUUAUUAAUCAAAUUAUGGUCAAACAUGGUAGGAAAGCUUGUGAAGGAUACGAUAGUGUUCAAAUAAUAGAUACAUGGCAACAAUAUCUCUGUGAAAUACCAAGCAAGCACAAGACGUAUGAAGGAGAUAGUGGUGGUCCGAUGAUUUGCGAUGGUUUGCUAUAUGGAGUAUGCAGUUUUUCAAUACAUUUCAAUGAUGGAGACAUGCAGACUAUCCACGUGUUCAUCGAUUAUUAUAGAAAAUGGGUCUUUGAUAUAAUAGAACCGGUACAGAGCACAUCUUUGACAGCAAAACAAAAGAGAAUUAAAAAGAAUAAAACAAAUCAAAAAAGUGAUGCGAAAUUGAUUAUUCCGUACCCGUACCAUAUAUUGUACAUCAUUUCGGGAAUAUUAUGGAGUUCUAUUUCCCAAGAAAUUUUAAGUAAUGUAUCAGUGUUAAGUAUUGAAAAAGGUCGUACUGAUGAAAUAAAUAUUGAAAAGAUUAUUACUGAUUUUGCAAAUACUAAAGCUCGGAAGAAAUUACUUUAA